UUUAAAAACCUUGAAAUUCUCAACUUCAAGAAAGGGAGCGUGAUUGUGAACAGCAAACUGAAAUUUGCUAAACCAUUGCCCUAUAAUGUUACCAAGGCUGUCCAUUGUAUUUUGGAAGAGUUUUGCAAUCAUGCAGCACAACGACUCAAUUUGCAGAUAGACAGUUAUUCUCUGGACAUUGAACAAGCUGACCUGACAGAUCCAUGCAGGUUCAUGGCAUGCGAUGAUUUCUCAGAAUGUUCCAUAAACCCAAUGACCACCAAAGAGGCAACUUGCAUAUGCACACCUGGCUACAAAAGUAUUGAUGGACAACAAUGCCAAAGUAUUUGUGACCUGGAACCCAGCUACUGCUCUGAAGGUGACAUUUGUGAAAUUGAAUCUGGGAAAGGAGCAGUCUGCAGAUUGCAAAUUCCCAUAGAGAAGGAAAGUCAGAAGAUCAGACACUAA